AAAGAAUGACCACUCAAUGUCAAGCUUUCAGAAUGUCAAGAAGGAUCUAUGCUGAAGCUAUGCUUUUUUGUAUAAUAGUGUGCCAGUAUGGGUGCAGUGAGGGGGUAGCAGAGACAGCGACUGGUUCCACCAUCAAAGGGAAAGUGGGGGAGAGCAUCAAGUUUCCUUUCUCAGCUGAGGGCAACCAAAGCUACAGCGUUGACCUACUUUUUAAAAAUACAGUUAAAAUCUUUAAAUGGUAUCCUCAACCAUUCAUUCAUGUACGAGAACAAUAUAAGGGAAGGGUCAGCUUUGGCAAUGACUCGAUAUGGCUGAACAAAUUGAGCCUAUCAGAUUCUGGCCUUUAUCAAGUUAAAAUUGAGUAUACAUCUGGAAGUUUUAAGCCACCGGAGUACAUAUACUUUCACCUGCAGGUUUUUGAGCCCAUCUCGAAACCCAACAUCACAGCUGAGUGCCUGGGGAGUAAUGUCAGUCUGAGCUGCUUCAGCAGUCAGGGGACUGCAGUGACUUACAGCUGGGAAACUCUGCCCCCUUGUGGUAAUGACAGCUGUGUGCACCUGGGCCAAGCGAUAGACCUCCAGUUACACUCCCUCUCUCCAUCCACAACAUACACGUGUACAGCCCAUAACCCUGUCAGCAGAGCCACCAGCGAUUCUGUUGAUCUGGAAAUGUGCUUCCAGCAACGAUCACAAGUUAGAUGGGUUCCAGCCUUGUGUGCCACAUCAGCAUUCCUCAUAUUUGGAGCACUAAUACUGCUGCUGUACAAGAGGAGAAAGCACCAACAGUAUAACAGUGAAACAAUUCAAGUGGGAGUUGAUGAGCCGGUCAUGGAAGACGAGCCACCACCAAAACCUGCAAAGAUCUGGAAAACGUUCUUGUGGACAGAAGAGACCACAGUUAUCUUGUAUCAGAGUAAUGGCAUGAGCAAAUUCCUGAGGCCAAUAUGAACUGCCCAGGAUCCAAAGCACCCCCUCACGUGUGAAACAUGGUGAUGGGGGUGUUAUGAUUUGGGCAUAUAUGGCUGCCACAGAUACAGGCUCUCUUGUCUUCAUUGAUGAUGCAACUGCUGAUAGUGGCAGCAGAAUGAAUUUUGAAGUGUACAAAAGCAUCUUAUUUGCACAAGUUCAACCAAAUGCCUCCAAACUCAUAGGACAGUGUUUCAUCCUACAGCAAGAAAAUGAUCCAAAACAUAUUGCUAAAGUAACAAAGGAGCUUUUAAAAGCUAAAAACUGGAAUAUUCUUGAUUGGCCAAGGAACUCACCGGAUCAGUAUCCAAUUGAACAUGUGUUUCAUGUGCCGAAGAUAAAACUUAAUGCACCUAGCCCCCAAAAUAAGCAGCAGAUGGCUGCAGUACAGGCCGAGCAGCGCAUCACCUGAGAAGAUACAGUGCACCUUGUGAUAUCUAUGGAUUGCACACUUCAAUCAGUCAUUGCAUGCGAAGGAUAUGCAACAAAACACCAAACAUGACUACUUUCAUUUACAGAGCAUGAUGAAGUGUCAAAUCAAUCAUUUGUCUUGGCUGCAUGCAUUAUGGAGGCCACUGUAUAAGGAUCAAUGAAAACCCAGUUUCCUUCAUGCAUCAUACCAGCUUGUGGAUACUUUAUGCAUUGUCUAGCUCAUCACUCAUACUGCAACAGUAUAAUGUAUUUUUGUUUGAAGAAUUAGCGGUUCAACCUAACCCCAGUGUGGUUUGUCCUUAACUUUGAAUAACAUGCUAGUUU